AGGAGCAAACCUUUUAACCGGACACUUUUUCUCCUGACUUAUUUACAGCCUAGCUCGGUGCCAUCAUCCGGUGUGAGACAACACGACAGGAAUGUUCCACAAAUGGUAUGCUAAUCUGAGUAAUCGUACCAUCGCGAUUACGAUUGUCAUCUGCAUCUGCAUGCUUUACGUUUCCUACACAUUCAACACAUGUCUGAUAGCGAGCAUCAACCGAACAUGGAAGAAGGCCCACACAAGCUUCACCACAGUAACCACACCGACAGAGGAGACUGACGCACCGCAAAUCAAAAUCCUGGGUUCGAUCGUUCGAAUCGUACCGCUGACCGGUGAUGCUACCGGUUACGAAUCGAAAGGCAUCCUAAAUGCUACCGACGGAUCACCGAAAUAUCGCUUCCUACGCUCGCAAGGUCUACGACCGUCACGACAUCUACCGGAUGCGCUGAUCAUCGGGAUUAAAAAAAGUGGUACUCGUGCCCUGCUGGAAUUUAUCCGACUACAUCCGGAUGUUCGGGCGGCCGGUUGUGAGGUGCACUUUUUCGAUCGGCAUUACGUCAAAGGUUUGCACUGGUACCGGCACCAUAUGCCACCGACGAUCGAAGGUCAGAUCACGAUGGAGAAAACACCGAGUUACUUCAUCACCAAGGAAGCUCCCAAACGGGUCUACCACAUGAAUCCAGGUACCAAAUUGCUAGUGGUUGUUCGAGAUCCGGUGACACGUGCCAUCUCGGACUAUACACAGGCUCGCAGUAAAAAGAAAGACAUGAAAAAGUUCGAAGAACUUGCGUUCCUGAAUGGAACAUCCGGUGGUGUUGUGGACACUACGUGGGGACCGGUCAAAAUCGGAGUAUACGCCAAACACUUGGAACGAUGGCUCGAGUACUUCCCUCUGUCCCAACUGAUUUUCGUUAGCGGAGAACGUCUGAUCGCCGAUCCAGCGGUUGAGAUCGGCCGAGUACAGGACUUUCUCGGUCUGAAACGGGUGGUAAAUGAGAAACAUUUCUACUUCAACUCGACCAAAGGAUUUCCCUGUUUGCUGAAAUCCGAAGAACGUUCCUCGCCUCAUUGCCUGGGCAAAACGAAGGGACGCAAUCAUCCCCGGAUCGAGCCACAGGCCAUCGAGCGGCUGCGGGAAUUCUAUCGACCGUUCAAUCUGAAGUUCUACCAGCUUACCGGAAUUAAUUUCGGUUGGCCCUAGGGAAGAUUAGUGAUUAAAACAUUAGAUAGGUGUACAUAUGUAGUAACUGGAGGAAAUAGAGGAAAACAAAUCAAUUGCAAUCCGUGUAGAGUUCCUAGUUAAACAAGAUUGUUCAGUAAGUAAUAUGAUUCAUGGUCAUAUGCGAAAGAAAGCAAUUCGGACGCACUGAAUCUUUCUAACUGAACAACAAUUCCCAUUUGUCAAAAUCAAAACAAAUAUAAAAACAUAAAACAUUUUCAAUGAUAGCACAACAAAAGAACCAACAUUUUCUCAAAAUAAAGUCCAAAUAUGUCGAAAGCGUCAACUUUUUGUACCAAAAACCAGCAUUAGGAAUCAAAUUCAUUAAGCUUAAUUAACCGUUAAUUAGACAAAACAAAUCAAACAUGAUAAAGUGAUCACGUUUUCGUUGGUCAUUUAGAUAAGUACCAAACUAAAAUAAUAUGUAGUGGUAACAUACUUUCGCACAAUGGUGAAACAAAUAGACACAACACAGCACCUAUAUUCGCACAAAUAAAGCAAAAGAAAAAAGAACUACAAAUGUAGAACAUUUAGUUCAUGUUAAAAAAAAAGUUCUUAAUUAUACAGUACUUUUUCGUUAUUUUAAGUCAUUUCAUAUAUAAAGGGAGAGUUGGCAGCCUAUCAUACUAUCAUAUAUAAUACUGUGGUAUUCUUCGAAAUAACUUUCUUUGAUUCUUAAAAGAAUAACCGAAAUCGGUUUGUUUGACCGUCUACUGAUAAAAACUAUCAAUUGGAAAAGAUUUGAGGUCGAUUUAAAAAACUUUUUACGGUUUUUCGCCCUUUUCAGUGAUGGUAUAUUUUUUUUAAAACACUUUACCCUAUAUUUCCUAUAUAAUUCUGGGAUUACGUAUAGGACCACAAGGCCUUUCAUUUGAACCUAAGUUUGUAAAAAUCGGUCGCCAUCUAUGAGAAAUGUUAGACCACAUAUUUUGAUUUUUUUUACAUUUUACCCCAUAACUCCGGAACCGGAAGUCGGAUCCAAAUAAUAUUCAGGAAUUUUGUAUGGGACCACAAGACCUUUCAUUUGAAUCUAAGUUUGUGACAAUCGGUUCAGCCAAUCUAAGUUUGUGACAAUCGGUUCAGCCAUACACACACAAACAUUUUGUGUACUCGACGAACUGAGUCGAAUGGUAUAUGACACUCGGCCCUCCGGGCCUCGGUUCGAAAGUCGGUUUUCACAGUGAUUGCAUCACCUUUCUAUAUGAGAAAGGCAAAAAUAUUGAAGGAAUUCAUUUAAAUUAUUUUGUCAGAAAUUUAUGAGACCUUCAUCCAAAUUUCAUCUAAAAUAUUUUAUCACUUCAAAUGAAAAAAAAUAACCUCAUUUUUGCGACGACAAUGUUAAUUUUAACGUGAUUACGUCUUACUUUGCUAUGGAGCACCAUUUCAAAAUUUACCCUGUGGAAGAAUAUUCAUUUGAUCGUGAAUAUCUCAAGCUAUACUAGACGCAACAAUAUAACUCUUUCUAUAUGCCUUCGGAAAUAUGAUCAGGAAUUUCUUAUUUGUCAGACACAUAUCAGUCUCGUCAAUUAGGUUUCAGAUUAAAAGAUUCAUAGUUAAAAACUAUGGCUCUGGAACUGAAUCCUAAUUCUUGAUUCUGGAACUGUCGAUUCUUGACUAGAUUUUUAAACUGAAUUUAGUUUCCUAACGUAUGUUCGGGAUUCGAAUCCAGAAUUCUGAUUUGGGAUUUCAACCUUAGAACAAAAUUCAGGAUACGAAUUCUCGAUUUGGAUUCUAAAACUAAAUGUUGAAUCUUAAUUGACUUUUUAAUCAGACAUCAUUCCCUGAAUUCAGUUUCAGAAUUAUGUGAAAAAGUAGUUUUAUUCGUAUUCACGUUCUUCAGUUGUGUCUGUGUAAUUACUCACCCGCCUUUUUAGUUUCAAGAUUUUCAACAUUAAAUUGACAGAACGAUUUAUUAAUUUUAGUUGCUUUGACGUAAAGCCGCCAUAACUGAGCUCAGUUUUUUGCAACGACUGAGUGGAAACAUAUAUUGGAGAAGCUCAGAGACAGGACUCGAACCUGCUUUCUUAUGCAUUCCGUGCAUACGUUCUACCAUUUCGCCACUCUGAACCUUGUUAUUAGACACUCUAACACGCAGUCAGACAUGGUAGAACGUCGACAUUGAACAUGGUCUACAUCCUGGCCGUCACCCGAUCGAUACCAUACACGGAAAAUAAAAACUACGUAUUAUUUGAGUUCUUUUCACUUAAUUUUGGGUUCUUUUGAAUUUUUUCUUCUGUUCGCUCCUUCCAUUGUUGUCAAAAUACAAAGAGCAAAACCACCCAACAGCGAGAUUUUCGUUCAAUAAGCCAAAAUUAAGUAAACCGUACCAACUUGAAAUUAAGUCAAUACGACUCAACUGUAGAGUAAAUAUAACUUACCAUUGAGUAGAUAUAACUAAUCUUUAAGUAUUUUUUUCCACGUGCUUUACGGAAACUACCUAGAGUCACUUUACCAAAAAAUAGGUUAUUGAACGGAACCCCCAAAUAGGGUGGAAUGUACUUAAAAUUAUGUUGUUUUGCGGUUCCGUGUACAUCCAAACAUCUUCUUUGUCCAUCAAACAUUAGUCUUCUCGCUUUAUACCUAUUCUUUCGCUCAAGCACUGAGUAGGAGAGUGUAUUUAUAAUCGCUUGUCAGUGUUACAGGUUCUAUGUUGAACAAUUGGGAAUUUGGCAGCACCCUGUGUCUCGUCUAACGAUUUUGUUAGUGUUUCAGAUCAAUCAGAAAGCAUCAAAAUAUUUCUUUAAAUUUGCUAAUGAUUAAUCUAAUUUCAUCAUAAUUUGUCCAAGUAAUGUCAUUUUGAGAAAAUACUCGUGUUUUACUCAUAUUUGUGAAAGAUACUGAUUUCAACAGGACUCACAAAAUUUAAUUUCAUUUCUUUUUCUGAGGACUUGUAUGGAACCGUAGAUAUUUCUGGAAAACGCUUUGAUUUGUUCAGUGAAUUUAGGUUUAAUUUUAUUUGAAGGGACUCAACUAUGGAUUCCAUAGUAGGAUCACACAAAGGAGCAGUUGAUGAUAGAAUUAAAUUUAGUUUGAGUUCACAUUGUUUUCGAUCUGAGAGCUGUGUCCUAAUCGAUUGGUUGGAAUGACCAUAAGAAAUUUUAUAUCGUGAAUUCGAGAACUAUCGGGAUAAAAAAUUUUGGGAGCGGUUGAAAAUUAUUUAUUGCAGAAACACAACAUGGGUUUAUGCCAAAACGGUCUACGACUUCCAUUAUAUUGUCCUUCACGACGUUUGUGACGAAUGUUAUGUACUGCGGCUUACUAACUGACGUUGUCUACACGCUGCCUUUGGCCAAAUUAACCACGCCAUUACAGUCGCGAUCGUAAUUUGGUUCUAACAUGCUGUGUUGGUUUCGCUCAUACCUUAAUAAUUGCUGAUUAGUAAUCAAGAUAAAUGGCUCUGUAUUCAUAAAGUUUAUCGCUUAAUCUUGGGAUUCCAUAAGGUAGCCAUCUUGGACCUCUGAUCUUACCCCUGUACUUCAUUGAUAUGAAUCGUUCUUUGGAAUGUCCACGCUUUUCUUUCGCUAAUGAUCUCAAGCUAUGCCAAACAGUUCGAAGUAACGAGUAUGCCGUUUUCCUUCAACACUAACUUGGAAUUUGUUGAAAGUGAUGCGAGGUAAAUCGAUUGGCUUUGACGUCAAAAGCCCUCAGCGCCUAGAAAAUCAGUAAAAGAAAACGCUAAGUAUUGCGUCAAGUAUAGAAAUCGAAUUCUCUACAAACAAACUUUAUUUUUCAUUUUUUCUUGCAUGAUAUUAUACACUAAAAUUGGCGAUACAACAUUUAGUAAAAAUAUGGAUUUCUGAACAAAUACUACCCCAAUCAUUUUCUUUGCAUGGAGCAGUAUUAUUCAAAAUUUUAUCAAUCGAAAAAAAUUUAAAUUCAAUUAUGAUAGUUGCGCCCAAGGCACCCGCCAUAAUCAACAAAUUUUCAAGUUCAAUUUUUAUGUAGAAAUUAAAAAAGAAACUGUUUACACAACACUCACAAUAGAUGUAUUAAGGUAUACUAAAAUGUCAGAGUUCGAAAUGUUUAAAUACUUUUCAUUUGCGGUUACCAAAAAAAGGUCAAGUGAAAAAUGACUCAAAGGCUGCUGAAUCUCCCGUAUUUCCAUUGUUAUCAGGGAAAAAUAAAAAAAAAAACGAAAUUCGUGCAGGAAGUUAAAAACAGCGAAACUCAAUGUAACUCGUUCGCCAGUAUUUUUUUUAUUUGGAAAUUCCUGCACUUUAUUAGGGUAAACAAAGCAUAAACGUAAGUAAUGUCCUGGCAACAUGAUGAGUUGAUUUGUCAGCCAAAAUUGUUUGCUAAAUGUGCCACAUUGGUAUCAUACUAUGCACGUCGACAACAGUCCACUUGGAAUAUAAUUAACUUGAAAUAGUUUUUACUAACAUUACUUAUGUAACCUUUUGGAUAAUUGGAUAACUUAGGCUACAUCGAUUAGUCAGAUGAAAAAGCGAAAAUAUUACCAAAAGCAAUGUUAGUAAACACGGUUCUCGUACAAGAGUUGUGAAUCAUUUCGCGAAUUAUUUCAUUUUUUCUAUUCAGUACUUCAAAGAUCACAAAAAGACUAGAUCAAGACCACGGUGUUUUAAUUUGCUAUCGUCGUAGAAAAUAGCACUAAAAUGUCAAUAGAAGCACAUUUUUGUUAUGCUUUCUUCAACCACAAGCUAAAUUAAUUCUCGAAAUGGUUCGCAGCCUAAAGGUAUUCCUGAACCGCCAUGCACAUGCUCAACAAUCCUACAUUAUAAGUGAAAAUUUUUGCGAUACUAGACACUCAACGAAGGCCUAUUAAUUUGCUUGGAAACGAAAUAUAUAAUAUUAAACCCGAAA